GUCCCAAGGUCUCAAAGCAGAAGCCCCUUUGGACUCGCCGCCAUGGACUACCUGACCGUGCCCACCAUGCCAUCCUUGCCCCAGGUGGAGAAGUCGGCCACCAAAGAGGAGACGGCCUCGGCCUCAAAUCUCGGAGGUCCGGGACCUUCCCUCGGCCAGGCCUCUGGGAUGUCCCUGGUGAUCCCGCCAAGCCAAGAACCCUCCACCCUCAUGGCGGCCACCUCCGUUGUCAUGCCAUCCCAAACCCGGUCAAAAGAGUUCAGGAGACAGAGCAGGUCACCCAAGUCGAGGCGAGGGAGCAAAGGGACCCAUUCCUCCAUCCGAACAAAAGGCGGCAACAAAUCAGCGCGGUACCAUGCCAAGCGCAAGCGCCGGCGCCGGCACAUGAGCCUGAAGGUGCUGGUAUACCGCUACUGGUACAGGGCCCACCCGUAUCUGGUCACUUUGCGGAAAAUCAUCUACGAUUUGACCCAGUCCGUCUUCUUCGACGUAUUCAUCUGCACCGUGGUGGCUGUCAAUAUCACCAUGCUGGUGGCUCAGACGUUUGCGAAAAUCGAAAUCCGGGGAGAGUGGUUCUUUUCGGCCAUGGAUCCUGCCUUCCUUUCGGUUUAUGUGGUGGAGGCCAUCUUGAAGAUAAUCGCGUUGGACUUCGAAUACUUUCAUGACCCUUGGAACAACAUUGAUUUUUUCAUCAUGAUCAUGACGGUCCUGGAUUUCGUGCUCCCACUGUUCAUCUCCUCGCGGCAGGGCAACCGCGACAACACCGUUGCGCUUUUCCGCGUCCUCAAAAUAUGCAAAGGGAUCCGGGCCAUCCGAGCGAUACGGUUUCUCCUCACGCUCCGAGUAAUGGAGAACCUCCAGGAGAUCACAAGCACCUUUAUCCUCUCCUCCCAGUCCAUUGGAGCCAUUAUUCUGCUCAUGUUUUCUUUCCUCUUCAUGUCUUCGGUGGUGCUGAGGGACAUGUUCCACGACGCGGAUGAAAAACACUUUGGAGACCUCUUCAAAACCAUCUUCACGCUCUUCCAGCUCUUCACCUUGGACGACUGGUCCAUUAUCUACAUUACCUGCUAUGACGCCGGGGCCUGGUAUAUCAUCAUCUUCUUAAUCAUCUACAUCCUGGUGGAAUACUUCUUACUUCUGAACCUGGUGAUUGCGGUCCUAGUUGACAACUUCCAGAUGGCCCUCCUGAAACGCCAUGAGCUCAAGAAGCAGAAGAAGGUGAUUGAAGUGGAAGGCAUCACUGCAGAAGACGACCAUUCCGCCAAAAUGACAGAAAUACCCAAAAUUAAAGAGGAGCACGAGGAAGAGUUCUUCAGGCGGACGCUCAUGGACAAAUAUGGCAGCCUCGAACUGAUUGACAGUGAAUGGCAGCUUCUCUAUAGCUACUUCCAGCUGAUGACAGCCAUUGAGACCAACCAGCAGCAGUUCAGGUCCCAAGCCAGCACCACCGACAAGAUCUUGGAUACUUUCUUUGAGACAGCCGAAGACGAUUACAUUCCUAGGUGAACGCCGGAAAGAAAUGCCCAUAAUGCUGGCCAAUUGGAUUUCUGCCUGAACCCUGGCGCUAGCACACUUGAAGAGUCGAUGCGGUGUAAUGCUUUAAUUCAUUGCCG